AUGACUAACAGUGAAUUAGCAGGUCAUCAGAGUUUUCUUCAAAGCCAAUAUCUAACUCAGAGAUCGAGUCAGUUACAUGAUCCAUCAUUUGGCUUCAAUGCACUCUCAACAUCAACACGCGACUCAGUUCGUCCGGCGAAUAUUACUUUUACUACAGCAAGAUCUAGUAACGGGUCAUCAGACCCUACUCGGAGCACUGAAUUUGAGUCAUCCUCUUCGAAUUAUCUGGUGAAAUCAGAUGCAUGGAGUGAUCCACAUGCGAAAGAUGGCUCUGAACAGCAACACAAGCCUCCUAGAAGUGCAGAAGCUGGCAAAUGCUGUGCUCUAAAAUGGAAAUCAUUUGUACUUGGUUUAGCAGUGGGACUACUACUUGACGGUAUAGCAUUAGGUACUUUGUUGGCGAUGUGGUUAAAACCAACUACUGUGAGUGCAACAACAAAUACAACUACCAGUGCCACAGGUAAGCUUAUUCCAUUUAGUGCAGCAGCGGAAGUUUCUGAUUUCAAUUUUCUAUUAGGAUGCAGUGGUACAUCUACUUUAACAUUCGAUGACAUUGGUACCACUGGUUCCCUUGCGAUUCCUAACGGUUAUGGUGGUCUAAAUUGGGCCAAUAAUUCCUAUUACUGGAAUGGACACGCAUAUGCAAAUACGACUGGAAAUUAUCACAGUGUUGUAAGUGGUAAUUUUUCAACUUUUAACGCGUGGGGACGACCAACGUUUAUCACAUCGAAUAUAACAGGCGGUGUAUUCUGUAUUAGCUCAUUUUAUGCAACAGCUGCAAGUGUUAAUAAUUUAUCACUCACAAUCAGCGGACUAUAUUCAAGCAGUGUCAUUUAUAAUACAUCAGUUCUUUUGUCGACGGUAGCACCAUUACUUAUUACUUUAAGUUGGUCCGGUAUAGAUACAUUACAAUGGGUUACACCAACUUCCACAUGGUGGUCGAUGGAUAAUUUAAGUAUCACUGUUUGA